CUCAUGAUCAUGGUCAUGGGCACCGACACUCUGUCAUUGGCUGUGAAUACCACAGCCCUGUUAGCAGCAUUAACCCUCAUCUUCCUCUUCUUCUUCUCAACCAAUCUCGGCCGCAGGCAACCAAACCCACCACCAGGCCCAAAACCAUGGCCAAUCAUCGGAAACCUCAACCUCAUAGGCUCUCUCCCCCACCGCUCCAUCCACUCUCUCUCCCAACAAUACGGCCCUUUAAUCCAAGUCUACUAUGGUUCAGUCCCCGUCGUUGUCGCCUCCUCUGUUUCCAUGGCCAAACAACUCCUUAAAACCCACGAUCACAACUUCGCUUCUCGACCCAAAAACGCCGCAGGUAAGCAUACCUUCUUCAACUACUCCGCCAUGACCUGGUCCUCCUAUGGGCCUUACUGGCGCUUCCUCCGCAAGUUAUACCUCACUGAGCUCUUCACCCCAAAACGUCUCGAUUUGUACGAGAAAAUUCGAAUGGAAGAGAUGGGUUUGCUGCUAUGGAAAAUCUACGAUUUAUCAGGAAAAGAAAUUAGAUUAAAAACCCAUCUGUGGAAUGCUAAUCUGAGCUUUGUAAGUCGGAUUGUGAUGGGGAAGAAGUUCUCAGAUGAACCUGUUGAGGCGUUGGAGGAGCUGAAGAAGAUGUUUGAGGAAUUGUUCUUCUUAAAUGGGGUGUUGGAUAUUGGGGAUGUUUUUCCUUGGUUGGGGUUCUUGGAUUUGAAGGGGUAUGUGAAGCAGAUGAAGGAUUUGGGGAAGAGAUUUGAUGGGUUUCUGGAGAAGGUAAUUUAUGAGCACGAGAUGAGGAGAAGAGGUGUGGAGAUUUUGGUAGAAAACGAUAUGGUUGAUGUGUUGAUGCGGUUGGCUGAUGAUCCUAAUUUGGAAGUGAAGCUCGAUAGGACGGCUCUUAAGGGGAUAACGCUGGAACUAUUAGCAGGUAGCACUGAGAGUUCUAUAGUCUCAGUGGAGUGGGCUAUCUCUCUGCUCUUGAAAAACCCAGAGAUCUUUAAAAAAGCAACAGAAGAGUUGGAUAGGGUAGUUGGGAGAGAAAGAUGGGUUGAAGAGAAAGACAUCCCACACCUACCAUACAUUGAUUCCAUAAUGAAGGAGACAAUGAGAAUUCACCCAGUCUCACCACUGCUAACACCCCACCAAGCUCAAGAAGAUUGCGAGGUUGCCGGCUAUACCAUUCUAGCAGGAACCAGAGUACAUGUUAGCACAUGGACUAUAGGGAAGGAUCCAACACUGUGGGAUGCACCGCAUGAAUUCCGUCCAGAGAGGUUCAUCGGGAAAGCAAUUGAAGUGAAGGGGCGUGAUUUCGAGUUGUUGCCCUUUGGAUCAGGGAGGAGGAUGUGCCCUGGCUAUGCCCUUGGGCUAAAGAUGAUUCAAUCAUACUUGGCUAAUCUCAUACAUGGGUUCCUGUGGAAAUUGCCAGGUGAGAUGCAACCCCAAGACUUGAACAUGGAUGAAGUUUAUGGUCUUUCUGCACCUAAAAAGAUACCACUUUUCGCCAUGGCUGAGCCUCGACUUCCACCUCAUCUCUAUUGUAGUUGAAUACUAUUUCAGUUCCUAUAGACUCCUGGCCAUGUAAACU